UCCCAUGCUUGCCCUGUGUCCGUCAUCCCUCUGUGCCCUGUUCCCCACGUGUGUCUUGCCCGUGUGCUCCAUGCCCCCUGUGUGCCCCAUCCUGUCCCCCCCCCCCACCCCGUGCUGGUGCAGAGUGCGCCAGGGUUCCUGCAGUACUUGGACAUCUCGGUGGGCAAGGAGGUGGCCGCCAUCUGCACCAAGGCCGGUCGACUGGAUGUCAUGACCCACAACCCCCACAACGGCAUCGUCCACCUGGGGCACCCGCAGGGUACGGUGACGCUGUGGAGUCCCAAUGUGAAGGAGCCGCUGGUGAAGAUGCUUUGUCACAAAGGAGGGGUCCGGGCUGUCGCAGUGGACAAGAGUGGCUUGUACAUGGCCACAUCGGGCCUGGAUCACAAGCUGAAUAUCUUUGACGUGCGGACAUACCGGCCCCUGCACUCCUACCUACUGCCAGCAGGGGGUGCACACCUCACCUUCAGCCAGCGGGACCUGCUGGGGGUGGCCUGUGGCAACACAGUGCAGGUUUACAAAGACGUGCACAGCGCGACGGUGCGGAGCCCGUACGUGAGCCACGCUGUGCGCCAGGGCGUACACGGGCUGCAGUUUUGCCCCUACGAGGAUGUGCUGGGAGUGGGUCACGGGCUGGGUUUCACCAGCAUGCUGGUGCCAGGGGCCGGAGAGGCAAACUUUGACGGGCUGGAGUGUAACCCGUACCGCAGCAAGAAGCAGCGGCAGGAAUGGGAGGUGAAGGCCCUGCUGGAGAAGCUGCAGCCGGAGCUGAUCUCUCUGGAGCCAGACCGCUUGGGGCAGGUCGACCCCGUCUCCAUGGUGCAGAGACACCGCGACCGGGUGGAGCGUCUGGGCUACGACCCCACGGAGACGGAGAGGUUCGAGCCCAGGAAGCGGAUGAAGGGCCGCAGCUCGACCGGAAACCUGGAGCGCAGGAAGAAGCUGGUGGCCGGCGGGGACCGGAGGGACGUGGUGCGGAGGAGCGUGGAGCAGAAGGUGAAGAUGCAGAAGCAGCAGAAGAUGGCGGCUUCCACCCCCUCCCUCCCUCCCUCAGCCCUCACCCGCUUCAACAAGUAACCCCAUCCACACUCCCCUCCCACCCUGUACCCGGGACAGCGGUCAGCUGGCCCACACCACGGCCCAGUGGUGCAGCGGGUAGAGCUGCUGCCUCACAGCGCCAGAGACCCGGGUUACAUCCCGA